AGUCAAGGAAUUGUCGUAUAUAGCAUUUGUUACUUUCACCGUUCGUAGAAACCAUCACGAGCAGCAACUGCAGACUUCACGAUGGGAAUUACAAACGGCAUCAAUGGGCAUCAGAAUGGCCACACGAACGGCCAUGCAAACGGCAUCCAAAACGGCCACCCAGCACUCGACCCCUUCUACAAGAUUGUCGAGCAGCCCAUCGGCACGCGGCGACCAAUUCGCGUCGCUUGUAUGGGUGCCGGCUACUCUGGCCUCAUGAUGGCCAUUGUCUUUAGCGAGCGCAUGAAAGACAAGAAUGCCGAACUUGUGAUUUACGAGCGAAAUGAAGAUUUGGGAGGAACGUGGCUGGAGAAUCGGUAUCCCGGGUGUAAAUGCGACAUCCCCGCACACAAUUACGCCUAUUCCUUUGCGCCUAAUCCAAACUGGCCGAAUUACUACGCUACUGCGCAGCAGAUUCAUGAGUACAUGCAUGGCGUUGCGGAUAAGUACGACUGCAACAAAUACAUCAAGUACCGACACGCCAUCAAGGGCGCCGUCUGGGACGAAGUAGAUGCCAAGUGGGAGCUUUCGGUCCAGUCGCCAGAUGGAUCCGUCUUUCAAGAUCGCGUGGAUGUCUUCAUCAACGCUGGUGGUGUGCUCAACAACUGGAAGUGGCCAUCGAUAGAAGGCCUCCACUCAUUCCAAGGCAAACUGAUUCACUCUGCGCGAUGGGACCAAGAUUACGACUUUACCAAUAAAAAGGUCGCCACGAUUGGCAUCGGCUCUUCUGGCAUUCAAAUUGUUCCACAGCUCGCCAAACACGUUUCAUCGAUGGACGUGUAUGUCCGUACACAAACCUGGAUUUCGCCCGCUCCGGGUAUCAAUGAGCCCACGAAGAAUGACCUUGAAAUGGACGCUGAAUACAACUUCUCCCCAGCUGCUCUUGAAACGCUCAAAGAUCCAGAGGUGCUCCGUGCGUACAGAGCGGCGAUUAUGGACCGACGGAUCGAGAACUUCAAGCGAGCCAUCGCGGACAGUGACAUCCAGAAGCGCGCCCAGGAGAUGUUCAGAGAGAGCAUGAUCAAACGUUUGGGCGAUACUCCUAAAGGACGUAAAGCUGCCGAGUACCUCCUGCCGAGUUUCCCUGUCGGUUGUCGCAGGCAGACGCCCGGACCAGGCUUCCUGGAGGCCUUGACGCAAGAUCAUAUCGAGAUGCACUGGGACGAUGUCGCCGCCAUUACGGAAAAGGGAAUCCGGACUCGUUCGGGUGAGGAGAAGGAGUACGACGUGAUUGUCUGCGCAACGGGCUUCGACACCUCGUUCCGCCCAUCGUUCCCACUCAUUGGGCGAGGCGGGGUCAACCUCGCGCAGAAAUGGGACAUCGAGCAGCCCAAGGCGUACUUUGGAUUCUUGGUUCCCGACAUGCCCAACUACUUCUGCUUUAUUGGGCCCAACAGCCCCAUCAGCAACGGGUCGCUCGUGCUGGGGAUUCAGGCGACAGCGAUCUACGUAUACAAGUGGCUGGAGAAGUUACAGACGGAGAUGAUCCGUAGCUUCGAGGUGCGCGACGAUGCCAACGAGGAGUACAAUCAACACAUCCAGAAGUAUCUCGAGCGCACCGUCUGGACACGGGGGUGUCGCAGCUGGUAUAAGCGGGGGACUGUGGACGGACCAGUGGUUGCCAUCUAUGGCGGAACGUCAUUUCACUUCAUGGAGGCGAUCAAGAAUCCCCGAUGGGAGGACUUUCACAUUGAACGGACAAAGGAGGCGAAGAGCAACCGAUUUGCAUACUUGGGCGAUGGGUUCAGUAGGAGGGAGGCCAAGGGGGGGAGUGUCGGGGCGACGCAAACACUCGAUUUCGACGAGUACUGGAGGCUGUUUGUUACUCCGGAUGUCCACGAUUAGAAACUGCGUCAUAUGAUGGAAUUUGUGUUUUAGAUUGGACUAGAAAUCAUAUACAGCGAGUCGUCAGAACCAAGUCAAUGCGCUCGGAAAUAGCCUAAAUCAAACAGCCUGAAAGAUCAAGAC